AUGAAGUCUGAAAAGUAUUUGUCUCUAUUGUUCGAUCGCCCCACCGAGCCCCUCUUUAUGCCCAAGGGCGACGAAAAAAUCAAUUUCGAAGUACCACCAAUUUUCUUGUCCGAUGACCACCAAGCCACGAGUCAGUCGCUGCAGGUUCGUUUCGGCGACAAAUCAAACACCUCCAUCAAAGUGCCGGAAAUAGCAAUCCCUGAUUUGAGUUUUCCAUUGUCCCACGACCGCAACGCCAAUUUUUCACUCUUCAUCCCCACUCACAAGGAAAAAGCUGUUUACCUCACCGAUGUAUUUAUGAAGCUACGAACUGUGCAGGAUUUGCUGUACGUGGCUGCUUCGUGCCGCGAUCGCAUGAAUCCCCAGCUGUUUGUGUACGCGCUAUCUAUCGCCGUGCUCCAUCGUCCUGACACGAGACACGUGGAGAUUCCAAAAUUAUGUGAAAUUUUUCCCUGUAAAUUCAUGGACAGCAGCAUCGUGGCCAAGGCCAGGGAGGAUGCCACCGUUUUUCCCGCUGGUUCACGUAUCCCCAUUGAAAUACCACUGAACUACACGGCCUCCGACAAAGACUCGGAGCACCAUGUAGCUUAUUUCCGCGAGGACGUGGGCAUCAACCUCCACCAUUGGCAUUGGCAUCUCGUGUAUCCUUUCGCCGGCCCAAAGGAGGUGGUUAACAAGGACCGGCGUGGCGAACUCGUCUACUAUAUGCACCACCAGAUCAUGGCAAGAUACAACACCGAGCGUCUCUGCAACAAUCUCCAGCGCACGAAACCAUUGUUGUCGUUUCGCCAGCCCAUUCCCGAAGCUUACUUCCCGAAAAUGGAGCAGAACGUCGCAGGGCGUGCCUGGCCAGCCAGACCGGCCAACAUGACGCUCUCCGACAUCAAUAGAUCCGUCGAUUCGUUGGAAUUUACGCUGUCCGACCUGGAAACUCGCCUGAACCGCGUUCGAGAAGCUAUACGCACGCGAACGGCUCGCGAUGUCAAUGGAAAAGAAGUUCACCUGGACGACUUCACGGGCAUCGACAUUCUGGGCAACAUGAUGGAGGCGUCGCCGGUUCUCAGCAUCAACUUCCCUUACUACGGUGAUAUUCACAACUUGGGACACGUGGCUGUGUCCUACUGUCACGAUCCGGACCAUCGUUACUUGGAAUCCUUUAGCGUCAUGGGUGACUCAGCGACCGCCAUGAGGGAUCCAGUUUUUUACAGGUGGCACCAGACCAUCGACGACCUCUUCAUCCAGUUCAAGGACAGCUUGACUCCGUACAACUCCAGUCAACUGAGGUUCAUCGGGGUCAAGGUCACCGAAGUUGGCAUAAUCUCCAAAACGUCGAACCUGAACACCCUGAACACCCACUGGACAAGGAGCGACGUCGACAUGUCGCGGGGCCUGGACUUUGCCCCCCGUCGAGCCGUGCUCGCCCGUCUGCAGCACCUCAACCACAACUCCUUCACCUACCACGUCACAGUCAACAACUCCAACAACCGGGACGUAAUGGGAACGGUGCGCGUAUUCCUUGCCCCCAAGUACAACGAGCAGGAGGCUCCAUUGAGCUACAACGACCAGAGGAAGCUCAUGAUCGAGAUGGACAAGUUUACCUGCGAGCUGAAGAAAGGACACAACGUCAUUCGGCGGAGCUCGCACGAGUCAUCGGUCACUAUUCCAUACGAAGCCACGUUCCGUGAUUUGAGCCACAACGCACCCGAAAGCCACAAACCGGAAUGCGGGUGUGGUUGGCCUCAGCACAUGCUCGUGCCAAAGGGCACGAAAAAGGGCUACGCCAUGGACCUGUUCGUUAUGAUCACCAAUUACGAAUACGAUAGGAUAAAUCAAAAGGAACCCGAGGGCUGCCGAAUCAGUAUGAGCUACUGCGGAUUAAAAGAUCGCAAAUUUCCGGAUGCGCGAUCCAUGGGAUUCCCCUUCGAUCGACGCGCUGCUGUCGCUACGCUGGAGCAAUUUCUUACGCCGAACAUGAAGGUCCAGACGAUAACAGUGAGGUUUUCCGAUACCGUCGAGCAUCAGCGAUGA